AUGAUUUCGACUACUUCAAGUUCAACUUCAAAUCCUUCACGUAAAUCUAAGAUUUCGCUAAAUCAAUUUCAACUUUUACACCUUCCAUUAUCGAUCAAAUCGAAAUUACAACAACAAAAAUCAAAAUCCAAUUUACUUUCAAAUCAGAUUCAAGAGUACGAAGACCUGAGAGGUAGUCAAGAUGAAUUGUCAAUUGAACAAUCCAGCUCAACCACCACUACUAGUACUCAAGCUCAACUUACUAAUAUCAAGAACAAUAACAACAAUAACCAUCACAACUACCAUCAUCAACCAGUUGAUCAACCCUCUUCUCUAUCAUCUUCAAACUCUUCUUCAUUCACUUCAUUCACUACUGCUGCUUCAUCACCUUCUCAAGAUUUAUCUUCUACUUCUACUCCACCUCCCUUAAUCCAUACAUCUUCAUCAUCUUCAUCUGUAACUGAAUCUCAAGAUCAAACUCAACAAGAACAUCAUUCGAAUCACACUCUUUAUAAGGAUCGAUUUAGUAAAUCUUCUUGUUCAUUACCAUUCACUUCUUUCACCUAUUAUCACCGUCAAGAACGUCCAACUCAAUCAUCACAGCAUAAGAGAAGGUCCAUUCACGCUCUCACUUCACCUCCUACUCAUAUUGAACACGAAGAAAUCCAAGCACCUAUCAAUAAGAAACUCAAAUCAUCUGGUUUAGGUGCUAAAUUGCAUCUCAUCACUCAGCGUCACUUUUUAGCAUACAAGACUUCAAACUCUAAUCUCUCAACUCAUUCUCAAUCCAAUUCUAAAUCAACUCUAUCAUCCUCUGGUAAAUCUUUGCUUGACAGGGUUCCUAAAUCUGAAAAACACAAUUGGAUUUCUAUGGGGAUCGGUAAAAACCUUGCUCAUCGAUGGCAUCAUCAGUCACCUUCGACCGCUCCUCCUCAAACUCCUACCUCUUCAGCUCCUCAAUCUUCUCAAUCUCUCUUUGGAUCACCUCGUCAACCUCCAAGUCAAUCUAUUCAUGCUCCUCCUCCGCUAGAACGCCAAGCUAAAUCUAUUGAUGGCUUGAGUAAUCCAGUCUUACCUCCGUCUAUCAAAUUACCUGCUAAUAUCCUAGGUAUCAAAGUUCCUAAUCGAAGAGGUCUCACCUUUGGUCAACCACUCAUUUCCUGUCUUGAAGCCAAUCCAGUCCUUCGUCAUCCAUCAUCAUCUAGCUCAAAAUCGCACACUCCACCGGCUGCCCUGAAUGAGAGUGAUCGAUGGAUGCCAGCAAUUGCAGUUCGAUGUCUUGAUUAUCUCAAUCAAAGCGGUCCGAAGGAAGAAGGGAUUUAUCGCAUUCCUGGUAGAUCUACUGAUGUAGAGAAACUUCGGGUACUUUUUGACGCUGGUUGUGACGUUGAUCUUAGUAAACAUACCAUUGGUGCUUUGGAUCCUCAUGCAGUGGCUUCCACAUUCAAACUGUGGCUCAGAGAAUUGCCCGAUUCGCUUCUGACGCGUGAAUUGGAAGCUGAGACUACUCAAAUCGUCAAAAGAUACAUUCAAUCUGGUCACCCAUCGACUGAAUCUUCGGGACAAAGCAGUAAUCAUGACACCUCAGCUGAAGCUGCCCAGGUCCCUAUUACGGAAUGCGUCAACGACUUGAGUUCGAUUUUCAAAAGACUGCCUGCUCCAAAUUGGUAUCUCCUUCGCGCCAUUGCCAAUCAUCUCUCGAUCCUUUCCCAAUCCUCUUCCACUAAUCGAAUGACGUUGGAUAAUCUGAGAUUGAUCCUAUCACCUACCCUCAAAUUCACACCUGUCUUCCUUCAAGUGCUUGUCGAGCAUCGAGAAUCGCUGUUCAAAGAUGCAUGUCCGGUUCCUAGCAGUGUUCGUGGCCCAGAAAGGUUACCUCACGUCCCAACCUCGAGAGCAGCAAGUUCUCCUCAACUCAGUACAAUACGAUCCCCUGGCGCUAGCAUUCUCCCUGGAUCGUCCGCCAGUGUACCCAGACAGCUACCCUCACCCGCUUCCACUGCUCAGCAAUUCCUAGCCAGUCGAUCCCCACCCAUCCACAAUGGACCUCAGGAUUAUUUUGCAUUUCCACGUCGGCCUAAAACGUCUGCCGCACGCUUGAACCAACCUGUUCAGCUUUUGAUCUCCAAUGGUCAAAUUCCAACAGAGUCAAGAUCAUCGAGUCCGACUGUCUCUCAAUUUCUUGGUGUUCGUUCCCCAUUACAAGGCCUUCAGGAGUAUUUUGGAACCAACGAGCGUAAAUCGAAGAUGUCUACGACUGCAAAACCAGAUCGGAUGGCUCCUCCAAGGGUUGCACAAGAUCUGAUCAGCGGAACCCACGAUAGUGUUGUCCAACAGGAACCGAUGCGAGGUCAAACUCAUUCUCAGACUAGCGCUCCCAUCGCGUUAUCUUGCCUACCCACCAUCACACCUUCUGCAUCAGCCUUACAAGACUCGAUGAGCCAGUUCAUGGUUCAAUCACCACCCACUACCCCCCUUACCACUGCCAUGUCUUUUCCAACGCCUUAUUCACCUUCAAUCUCUUCUCGCGCAGGUGAUUCCACCCAUUCUCAUACAUCCCCACAUCAUCCAUCAUUUUCCUCGAAAGCAAACCUUUACAGUUCUAACUUCAAUACUACUACCUCAUUUGAAAUCGAUCACGAACCAUGCGGACCCACUCAACAUCGAUCCUACAAAGCAGGUCCCUCUCUGUCUCCGGAUCAACACCAACGCGAUCUGAGAUCGAGUCGAACGCCUAUCGCAGAUCUUUAUCGACAACGUUCAUCUGAAUUACUCAAUUCAUCUCUUUCUAACUCCUCACUCAAGUCUUCGUAUGUUUCCAGUGCUUCUCCCACCAUACCCAGGCCCUCUACUGGUACAACAGGAUCGUGUUUCUUUCAAGGUGGAGCAGGAGGGAUGAAGAAAUCAUUUCAUCACAAUCGUAAACCAAGUGGGGCGAGUAGUCUUGCAAGUCAUAUUGAAGAAUAUGAGGAAGAAGAAGAAGAAGUGACUAUCAGAAAGGAACCUACAUUUCCAUCAAACAGUCCUAGAAAAGUAGUAGAUUUAGAAAAAAAGAAAAUCAAUCGACAAUCUACUAUGUCUGUUUUAGGUAAUGUACAAUGGAAUUAUGGUGCUAAUAGUCUUGUUAGUGGUACUAGUCAACAUCAAACUAAUAAUAAAAGGAAAAGUGUCAGUGAUGAGAUUUGA